UUGACCAAUCAGAUGCGACAAUAACUCCUGUUCGGCCAAUCAGAGCUUUCCCUAUCGUAACGCGCGGCCGGUUUGAUCGCUGCUGUGUAUGUGUUUGGGGAAAUGGCGGCGGCGCAGUGACGGUGUAGCCGAUGUGAGGGGGUCCUGCAGCUGCUGCGUGUGCCCCAGCAUGGCGGCUUCACACAAUGCGGUUCUGCUGGUGGAUGCCGCGGACCUCGCACUGAGAGACAGGACUAAGCUGCUGUCGCUGCGGCUGCUCAACUUCCUGACGUGCCGCGCAGGCCCCGGACAGGUCCGCUGGAGCUACCGCUUCCUGAACUCGCUGGGCGGCCGCUGCCGGCACCCCCGCCGCUCCGACCUACGAGAACUGGGGCCGCGCAGCUGGGAUGACUUCGAGGAGGAGCUGGAGGCCUGCUUGGAGCGCUCCCGGAGCGGCCGCUGCUCGGGUCUUCCCAGCUCCCGGGCCGCCCUCACCCAUGCCGCCCUGAUGGAGACUCUGUCCGACUUCCAGUGGGACCGGCCGGACAUCACCUCCCCGGCAAAGCCGGCCGCAGGCAGAGGGCGCCGUGGGAGCCGCCUGAUCGCCGUGGAUGAGCCCAUGCAGGCGGACUCCCCCUCCGAGGCCCCGGCCGCCUGCGGUCCCAGGAACGCCGUCUUCCUGCUGUCUCCGUGUCCACACUCCCGGGCCCAGCUCGGGGAGUUCGCGGCUGCCGGCGCUGACAUCGGCCUCCAGCAGCUGAUGGAGAAACUCUUGCCCCGGCGGCUGCAGAGCAUCGUCAGCAACAAGAGGGUGACCGUGUACUGGCUGGACACUGCCGACUGGUCCCAGGUUUGGGAUUCCUGUGAUCAUUUUGGAUACUGGACGAUGGUUGAAGUAAUGCAGCGUGUGGGAGGUAGAGUUUUGCCAUCAGAAUCAUUAUUGGCAGAUGGGCCGUUCUCCUCAGGAGCAGCUCUGAAAAUCCCUUUUGAUUCUGUGCUGAGUUCACUCAUCAGCAAUGAGCAGGAACACAGACUUCAGUUUCCUCAACAGGAUGGAAUUGUUUACUUCAUGACGCCUGGUGAGAGUGAACAGUGGGACUGUGCAGUUACUUUGGAGCCUAUUUCAAUAACACAAAAACACAUUACGGGUUUAAGGAAAAUCCAUAUAAAAGGAACCAUGCAAAACUGGAAUAUGAAACAAAUUGAUCCUUUAACAAUGGAAACGUGGGUGCUUCAGAGUUCAUCCAACGAUCGCCAUGCACCAUCCCUUCAUUUUCAGCAGCUUCUGCACACCGUGCUGUCUAAAAGGCUACUCCUGGUUGCUGAUGUGUUGACGGAACCUGAUUUGUUGCCCAGAACAGGCAUCUUAUCCCCCAUUUCAGAAACUGCUGCUGUUCUUAAUCUAGUUGUUAGUAACUUAUCUAUUGGGAUUGUCAGACUGUUAUUACAAGAAACUGUUGAGGAAACAAAUGAGGCUGUCUCGUCUGGUCUCCAGGAUAUUGUAAGCGGUGUCCUUAGUCAUGAUCGUAGCUGUGAAGAAAGCACUACAUCACCUGAUGUCUUAAUGCCAGAGUGGAUUAAACAAGAGUUGUCACAAAGUAAUCCCUGGACAUCCUCAGUUAUUGAAAAGUGGUAUCCAUUAUCUGGAACAUCAGGUGCUAGCAGUAAUCUCAUGGAAUCUUUUCGGUUGAUUAGCGCCGCUUCUUUUGAUCAAGAUGAACAGAAGCAUGACCAAGAAAUAACUCAUUAUCUAUCUGACUUGUACCAGAAGAAACCUACUGAUGAGCCUGGAGGUGUAGUACAAGGCGAGAAUCAAAAGAAGCGUCUUCCUCGUACUCCUAUGAGGCAGAAGAUGAAAACCAUGCCUCGUGCUUUGCAGAUGUUAAAUGUCGCUAGGUUAAAUUUAAAGGCUCAGAAGUCACAACCAGAGGGUGUAGUAGCUGCCCCUGCAGAUAAGAACUCUCAGGCAAAGAGGAGAACUUCUGACAAGCCUGAAGUGAAGGCAAAGAAGCAGAUGGGUUUCAAGUCUGAAGAGGAGUUGAUCUCCUUUUUAGUAGAAGACUAUAAUAGAGCAGUAUCUGGAGAAGAGAAUUCCUUGCUGUCAUGUGUCAGGAAUGUAUUAACCACCAUUAAAUCCUACUUGAAGUCCGUCAGUAGUGAGGAAGUAGAGGCUGGCUGCAUGGGCAAAAUCAGAUGUCUGCUGAAGACCAGUAAAGUAAUCCGGCAACUUUAUGGCCAAAACCCCAACAAAGUGGCUAAACUCAGAGAAUGCCAGCUUCAAGCUUUGAUAAGACUGGAAAUGUGUAUGCAGUGUAAGUCAAUACAAAGUAAUGAAGAUGAAAUGGAACAAGUUGUUGAAGAGAUAACCGAUAUGCUACGAAUUAUUUCUCUGACAGAAGAUCCCACUUUCUUAACAGCCUUUCUGGCAGAAGUCCUGGUGGAGUAUAUCGGAAGCAUUCCCAGAAUACUUGCGGACAUCUAUUUUAGCCUUGGGACUCAGAUCCCUAAGGAACUGGCAUUGGUGCUACCUACAGAUGGAGAUGACUGCCUUACACAUGAAGGGAAAACACCCAUGUAUUCUCAACCAUCCAUCUCCAGGGUUCCAAGUCUGCCUCAGAUAGGUAAUGAGGAAGACCAACUUGAAGAGCUUCGAACCAGAUCAGCCAAAAAAAGGAGCUCACGUAUAUCUUUCCAAAGGACAAGCACUAUGGCAAGACAAAGGAGUAUAGCAGAGGCAUCACAAACGAUGAGGCAGAUUGAAGUGCCAAAGAAACUGAUACGGGAGAGCUCAAACUCUAAUCUGGUUGUAAUGGUUGAGAAAUUAAAGUUACCUCUGCAAGCACAACCACCGAAAGAUGCUGAAGCAACAAAAGUGAGAAGGAAUUUAUUUGUCCAAGAGAACCGAUCCCCCACAAGAAGGGGCACUAAGAUGCCAAGGAGCCAGUCUGUAUCCACAGUAGAGGAGCUGAAACAUAAGCGCAGCAAGACUCAUGAUGGAACUAGAGAUCACUACAAACUGUUAACAAAGAAAGUGACUGAGACCCCUGCACACAAGCAGUUAGCCAACAGACUGCUUCAUAAGCAGAUUAAAGGCCGGCACACGGAGUCUACAUCCAACAUCAGCAUUGUUGAAGAAUCUCCAGAAAAGGAUAUAAGAGAACUUGAUUUACGAAGAAGCCCCCGUAUUAAGCAACUGUCCCUUACAAGGAAAAACUCUUCUUUUUAUGCAUCUCAGCCAAAAUCUCGUAAUCUGGACAGAGUCCACUCAUCCUCUCAGUUGCUGCCUUGUGGUGAUCCAAAAGGUGGCGCACUCACUACUGAGGCAAAAACCCCUAAAAGGCUUCUAUUUGGGGAGGUUUUGCAGCUGAAUAGUCCUACAACACGAAGAGCAAGAAGGAGGCUCUUAAAUGAUACAGAGCCAGUUACUGAUCAGCUAACAAGCAGAUCACAAAGGAAGACGCCAAGAAAAACUCCUCAGAAAGCAAAUCGAAGUUGCGAAGGACUGUUUGAAAAGAACAGGAGUCCUGGAAAAUCUCCUUGUACACCACGCCCAUCCGGUCAUACACCAAAGACACUAAAGACUCCUUCCAAAAGCCCACUAGACAGGAAAAGUGCUGCUGACAACUUAGGGAAAUAUUUCUCACCCUCUAAAGUGGAGGGACGGUCUCCUAUUAAAUCUUGUGAAAGAAGAAGUGAGAGAUUAGCUCAAAUAACGCCUAGCAAAAGUGACUGUCCUGCUAGGUGUUUUAUUUCUCCACUAAAGACUCCAAAACAGAUAAUUACUCCUCAAAAGGAAAGAUUGAAAAAUCACGAGUUUAUCAGUCCAGAGAAGACUCCUAAAAGUGUUUCACUCUCUAAUAGUGCUGCAAAACCAACACAACUGUCAUGCACACCAAGAAAAUCCCCUUCUUUACAAAGUCCAAAAAGAGAAUGUGUUACCCCCACAAGGUACCACCUUAGGACACCACAGAAGUCUACCUUCCAAGCACCCACACCCGAAAAAAGUGUUGCCAGGAAGCUCUCUGUUUUAUCUUCUGCUACUGAGCGUACUCCUCAAAAGGAAACACUUUGCUCUCCUACAAAACAUGUAGAUGAGGUUUGCUCCAUGUUGCCAAACACCUCCCCACCCUACAAUGCUUCUAUCUUGGGUUUAUCUUCCAUGCCACUGUGUCUUCAAACGCCUCAAAAAUCUCAAUUGAAGGAGUGUAAACCUGGCUGUUCUCCGGCGAUUACUGAUGAACCCAAAUUGCCUCCAUUUUCAAAGGACACCAGUCAGCUUACCGAAGUAUCAGGUGUUGGUAAAUAUCUGAGUGUGGGCUUUACACCUGCCCUCCCCCAAAAUGUGCACGUUUCUGAAGAGGUUUUGACUGUAAAAAGUCCUUCAGCAUCCAAAGUUCUAUCCCCUAAAUGUAAAGGUGACCUAAUUGUUUUGUGUGAAAGGUUAGAUGUAUCCUCUUUAGAGAGCUCACAAGAUUCUGAGUGUUUUGCCAAUAAUUCUCAAACAGAUGAAAGUAUUGAUAUAUCAGAAGCUAAAGUUGUGUCAACGGAAACCUCUGAUCUGAAGAUGAAAAUUUUGAUUAAGAGGAAGUCUUCGGACACUGGCUUAAUGAGCCGCCUUCAGUCUACACCAGGGGAUGCAGGAAAUGUGCAGUGCACCUCACCCUAUGGUCUACGGUUUACUGUUGAUAGGAGACAGCGAGAAGCUGCAGCGCGACUAGGAACUCCACAGAUUCCUGCUAAGUUCUCAACACCAAAAAGUCAAAAGAAAAUGAGCUCACCUGCAUUCUAUGAAGUUCAGCUUGAGAUGCAAGAUUCAGGGUUGCCUAAACUUCGUUUUAAACGUACAGACUCCAACCAUAGUGUUAUGGGCUCCCAAACGAGAAUUGAAGAAUCUCCAUCUCUUUCUCGUAAUAGAAAAGGAGAUGAAAGUCCUUUUCGUGAGACCUGGUGUAAUAAGCAUGGAAUGAAGUUGGAAUCUCCAUGUCUGCGGUCUUCCCAUAACACACCUGGUAAAACACAAACCUUUAUCUGCCAGUCUUACACACCAAGCAGGUGCUCUUCUAAUACUGCUUCCCCCAUGCAGGCAGACGCUGCAAGCCCCUGGACACCAUCACCAAAAUACAAAGACAAAAAUGGCAGUGAUCUCAUUAAUAACUGGCCAAGGAGAAAGAAAGCUUCUGCUGUUAAAGCUACUAAUGUUCUAAAAGGAGAGAGGAAGCAGGAUGAUACUAGUAGUGCACCAUCAACCGACGAAGGAUCUCUUGAACAAGAAGUUAACAAGACAUCACCUUUGCUAGACUUAAUGGUAGAUGAGGGGGUUUCAAAACUUCUUGAGCUAUCUCCUGUGUUAGAAUUGGAAGGUAAACGUGAAAUUGGAACUAUGGCAUAUAAAUGUCGAAAACGAUGCUUUGAUCUCUUGUCCCCCACUAAAGAAACCCAGUCAAGCUCUAAAAGGUCAUGUACAUUGAGUAGUGCCUAUGAUGUGAAAGAAUUUGUUGUCUCUACAAGCCAAAGUCUGUCCUCAAACUUGGAUUCUUCACAACAGAGUUCAUGUGAAGAUGAGGUGUUUAAUAUUUCAGGGUUCACCCCACCUAAUAAGCUGCUGAAAAAUUCUUUGUCUGCAAGUGGUCUGUUGUCGCUCACUCAGUCGCCCAUGUUGUUUAAGGGGAAAACGCCUUCAUCCAAGCGAAAACUGCAAGAUGGAGAGCCCCAACAUGAUGCACCUGAGAUGAAAAGACCUGCACUUCACCCUGCUAAUCUGGAUGACUCUCCUUUUAGCAAUGCAGCCCCUAGGCGUACCAUCAGCCGAACUUACACCCGCAAAAAGCUCAUAACAUGACAUGUAUUUGUUGGUAUCCGGACUCCAGGUCGACAGCACAAAGGUCGACACACCUUAUGCCGACACCAGUUGGUCGACACACCUUAUGCCGACAUGGACCAAAGGUCGACCGGAACACUGUCGACAUGGAAAAAGGUCGACAUGCGUUUUUCACGAUUUUUUUCUUUUUUUAAACUUUUUCAUACUUAACGAUCCACGUGGACUACGAUUGGAACGGUAAAGUGUGCCGAGCGAAGCGGUAGCGGAGCGAAGGCACCAUGCCCGAAGCAUGGCGAGCGAAGCGGUGCACUAAUUGGGGUUCCCGGUCACUCUACGAAGAAAACGAUACCAAAAAAUAACAAACUCAUGUCGACCUUUUUCCAUGUCGACCUUGUUCAUGUCGACCUAAGGUGUCGACCAAUUGGCGUCGACCUAAGGUGUGUCGACCCUCAGUCCCAGACCCGUAUUUGUUACAGUGCAUGAUCUUAUUGCGGAGUUUAGAAUUCAGUCUGGUUUAUACUGACGCUGUUUAAAGUAGUUGUAUACAACGUAAAAUUGCCAGCUCAAAGUGUUUUAUGAUGAAAUGCAGACACUAUUUGAUGCCACAAUCACUUAUUUAUAUAAGUCAGGUUGGAAAUAACUGAAAAUAGAUGCUUUUUUUCUUUAGUAGUUUGACAUCUGAAGUUCCUAAAGUCGCAUAUAAAGACAGCGGACUUUGAAUUACUAGUAAGAUGCUGAGGAUGCCCAAGCCUCUAUUGGUCGUCUCUGGUCGCUUUUAUAAGGAGGACGCGAUGUUUAUGGUCUCAUCAUUUGAACAUUUGCACUUUUUUAAAUGUACGCAAUAGAAGGUUGUAUUUGCUGCUCAAGGAGAAACACCUUGAUACAUUUUGCCAUACCACUAUCUUGUUUGCAGAUCUUUAUUUUGUCAAUUUCUGUUUUUGUAAUUACAUACACACAACACAAUAGUCCGAACAGAUGUAAAUAUCUCAAAAGGAAUUAUUUAUGUAAAAAUGUUUUUAUAUCAAAGCUGUGCAUGUAUGUGUGUUUUUGUGUAAGACAUUGAAAUGUAGAUAUCAUGUAUAUCAAAUUAUUACUUUUAAUA